UGUUAACUUUACUCAACUGGUACUGUAAAAGUAUUUUCUUGACCACAAGUUCAAGUUUUUAUGCUCUAAUAAUACGACAGAUAAAAGAACCCAAGAGAAGCAAUGACAAUUGUGUCCUGUCAUGUAGUUGACAUUUAUGUCAUCAUGUUAAUAUUCCAACUCCAUGUGAAUUUUAUAUUUAUAUACAUUCACAUAUACCAACAGCCUUAUAAAUAGGCUGGCCAAUAUCAACCAACUUUCUAGCUUACAUACAUUCAGCCUUCUAAAAUGUGCAGAGGUACACAACAAGCUACUGGUUUCUCUUUCAAGGAUGAAGUUUCAGUUAAUGUAAACAAUACUACUUCACGUUUGAUUUGUUGUGAGCUUUGUGGUAAGAGGGCUUCAUUGUAUUGCCAAGCUGAUGAUGCAUUUCUAUGUAGAAAAUGUGACAAAUGGGUGCACGAAGCUAAUUUCUUAGCUCUCAGACAUAUUAGGUGUUUUCUCUGCAACACAUGUCAAAACCUCACGCAACGAUACCUCAUCGGAGCUUCGCUUGAGGUUUUGCUUCCAACAAUGAUGACCACAGAAAUUCACAGGGAAUAAGUCUGUGUCUGGG